UUGCGGGCGGUGGAGGGGGGGUCAGGAUACUCUGCCACAUCUAUUUAUGCUUAUCACAAUACAGGAGGAUCAGGUGGUGGAGAUAAAGGUGGUGAUGGAACGCUUAAUCCUUCAUAUCUAGAAUAUGCGGCCUAUGGUGGAACACAAACAGGUCCAGGUACAGAAGUAAGUCAUGAUAAUCGAAAGGCAGCAUCUUUUGGAUUUGGAGGGUCUGGUCAUUGCUCUGGAUGUAGUCUUUCAAAUUCAGGAGGUGGUGCAGGUUGGUAUGGAGGAGCUGCUGCUGGUGACGAUGGGUUUAGUGCUGCAGGAGGUUCAGGAUACGUCUUUUCUAUUAACUCUUUCGUUCCUGAUGGUUAUAAUUAUAAAAGAGAAUAUUUUCUAAGAAAACCAUCAAUGAAAAGUGGAGUUAAAUAUGGAGAUGGCGCAAUCAGAAUAACACUUCUAGACUAUGCAGAAGUUGAGAACAUUAAAAUUCAAGGCUGUGGCUCCCAAGGCAUCACUUUUGCUCAAAUUGCUUCAUUCAUUACACUACCUACUGUUUCAUAA